UUUCUAGUAACGUGACCUUCGUAGCUCCACCCGUUGCUGUCCUUGGCUCUGGACGCGCAAUUGCACCAACCAGUCACUGACGAGCAAAUUCAGGCAGCAGAUGAUUCAUUUUUGCACAGCAUGGUGAUACCCGGUCUCCCAGAUGACAUAGCGCUCCAGUGCUUGAUUCGGCUGCCAAAGUUCUCCCUUCUCAGGAUCCGAUGCGUUUCCAAGGCUUGGAACGAGCUCGUGAGCAGCAAGCAGUUUUAUCUCCUGCGCCAGAGGCACCUCCUCGUGGACGAUUGGCUGGUCCUCGUCGUACCAAGGAACUCCCGCUUGUACAAGUCCGCCCGGCUCCUCGCUUAUGAUUUCAACUCGGCCGCCAGCCACAGGAUCAAAGGCCCGAUGGAAGCAGAGAAACACUUGGACCUGAUGGGAGUCGGCUGUGCGAGCCAGGGUCACCGCCUGUUCGUCCUCGGGGGAUCGUCGGCCAGUCACGAUGGGAUAGAGUUUCAAAACCACUCGGGAGUGACCAUUUUCGACGCGGCGACGAGCAGCUGGACGACCGGAUCCAGGAUGAAGAUCGCAAGGUCCUACUUUGCGUGCUGUUUCAUCGAGGGAACCUUGUACGUUGCCGGUGGUUGCGACAACGAGCAAAGUACAGAGGCCUACGACAGCGAGCUGGACAAGUGGACGCUGCUGGAAUCGAUGCCGUUUGGCUUCAACCACAUCGAGAGCUUCGCGGUGUUCCAGAGCAAACUUUACGUCAAGGGGCGGGCCGGCAGGAACAGGAGGGUGCUCGUUUUCGAUCCCAGGAGUAGUAGCAGCAGCAGCAGCAGCGACACCGGGCGGUGGAAACUCUCGCGAGGUUUGGAGGGAAAUCUACGCGAGGGCGAGUUCGUGGCGACUGGCGAUCACUUAUACGUGAUCAAUCAGGCUGGGUACGUGGGGAGGCUUGACGAUGACAAAGAACACGGUUGGAAGGAGGUCGGGAUCGUGUCGCGCUACUUUCUCCCGUUCGCUGCCUCGUCGCCAUCGUCGUUGUCAAGCUUGGAUCUCGUCUCCAAUUCUUCGUCCGCCGUGUUGUUUAGAAACGAUGCGUUCUUCGUCACCAGCAAAGGCGGAGAGGACGUGACCGAUUUGAAGAACUCCAGGCAGUUGUAUAGAGCGCUGCUGCUUACGUUUUACCACUGCCAGGGAGCCGUGCUACACUUCUAGGUAUUCCAUUACCAUCUUUGUUCUGGCCAAGUACUGUGACGUCCAGGGGUCGAAACCUGGGGCGAGACGUUUUUAAAUUUUAAUUUAGCGAGAAGUC